CAUUUCAGAACACCGUGGAACAAAACAGUUUCCAUCAUAGUUAUUGCCUCUGUUGCCCCUGUUCCACCUGCCAAGAGAGGAGACGGCAAAACCAGAAUGCCUCUUGAGAUGAGUGAUCUGAGGAUUGUUCUUCUGGGUAAGAGUGUGUCAGAGAACAGCCAAGUGGGAAACUUCAUCUUAGGAAGAGCAGCGUUUGACAGCGAAUCUCCUUCAGAUGAUGUAGGGCCGUAUAGUGACAGAGUCCGAGGAAAACAUGUUACUGUCGUCAACACUCCUCUCCUGCUCAACCCAGAUCUCUCACUACGUCACAUCACACAGGCAGUGAAGGAGUGUUUGUCUCUGUCUGCUCCAGGACCUCACGUGAUCAUUCUGGUCCUCAAACCCGAUGAGUGUUCAAGAGAAGAGAAAGCGUGCAUCGAGAUACUGCUCAGCUGUUUCUCUGACAGUGUGUUUCAACACACCCUGGUGCUCACGACACAAGAGCCAGACCGUGCUGAGCCAACUGAAGUCAAUGAUGUCCUAAAGGAAAUCAUUAAGAAAUGUUCUAACAGACACAACAGAUUGGAGAGAAACAGCACCCCUGCUGGCCUUAUAGCAUCACUUCAGGAAAUUGUUCAGGAGAACGAUGGAUGUUACUUGAAUUGUAACAAAUGUGGAGAUUUCACUACAGAAGCCACAGAAAGAGCCUCUGUUGCCCCUGUUCCACCUGCCAAGAGAGGAGACGGCAAAACCAGAAUGCCUCUUGAGAUGAGUGAUCUGAGGAUUGUUCUUCUGGGUAAGAGUGUGUCAGAGAACAGCCAAGUGGGAAACUUCAUCUUAGGAAGAGCAGCGUUUGACAGCGAAUCUCCUUCAGAUGAUGUAGGGCCGUAUAGUGACAGAGUCCGAGGAAAACAUGUUACUGUCGUCAACACUCCUCUCCUGCUCAACCCAGAUCUCUCACUACGUCACAUCACACAGGCAGUGAAGGAGUGUUUGUCUCUGUCUGCUCCAGGACCUCACGUGAUCAUUCUGGUCCUCAAACCCGAUGAGUGUUCAAGAGAAGAGAAAGCGUGCAUCGAGAUACUGCUCAGCUGUUUCUCUGACAGUGUGUUUCAACACACCCUGGUGCUCACGACACAAGAGCCAGACCGUGCUGAGCCAACUGAAGUCAAUGAUGUCCUAAAGGAAAUCAUUAAGAAAUGUUCUAACAGACACAACAGAUUGGAGAGAAACAGCACCCCUGCUGGCCUUAUAGCAUCACUUCAGGAAAUUGUUCAGGAGAACGAUGGAUGUUACUUGAAUUGUAACAAAUGUGGAGAUUUCACUACAGAAGCCACAGAAAGAGCCUGA